CCCUUUUCUAUUCAAAGACUAUAGAGACAUGGUUUGAUGAGUUUGCUGUGGAAGAACAGAGCCCUGACCUUCCAUCGAGCACCUUUAGGAUGAUCUGGAAUGGAGAUUGUGAGCCAGACCUUCUCACACAACAUCAGGCCUGACCUCAUGAACACUCUACAGCCAGGGUUCCCAAACUUUUCAGCUCAUGACCCCCAAAAUAUAGAUAUCGACAAAUUUUGGACAAGGCCAUACAGUUUACAGAAGCAGAGCAACUGGAAUCCUUGAAGGCCUUUGUUGAAGCAAUGGUCAAUGAAAACGUCAGUCUUGUCAUCUCGAGACAGCUGCUCACUGACUUCUGCACACACCUGCCCAACCUGCCAGACGCCACAGCUAAAGCCGUGUACCACUUCACCUUGGAAAAGAUUCAGCCAAGGGUCAUCUCCUUUGAGGAACAGGUAGCCUCAAUCAGACAGCACUUAGCAACAAUUUAUGAAAAAGAGGGAGACUGGAGAAACGCUGCCCAAGUUUUAGUUGGUAUUCCUUUGGAAACAGGACAGAAGCAAUAUAAUGUCGACUAUAAGCUGGAUACAUACCUAAAAAUUGCACGGCUCUACUUAGAGGACGAUGAUCCCGUGCAGGCAGAAGCCUACAUCAACAGAGCCUCUUUGCUUCAGAAUGAGUCCUCUAACGAACAGCUGCAGAUACACUAUAAGGUGUGCUACGCCAGAGUCUUAGACUUCAGGAGGAAGUUUAUCGAAGCUGCACAAAGAUACAACGAGCUGUCGUAUAAGUCGAUUGUCCAUGAGAGUGAACGUCUGGAGGCUCUGAAACACGCCUUGAACUGCACUAUACUCGCCUCUGCAGGUCAGCAGCGUUCCCGUAUGUUGGCGACUCUCUUUAAAGACGAGCGCUGUCAGCAGCUGGCUGCUUAUGGCAUUCUGGAGAAGAUGUACCUGGAUCGAAUCAUUAGAGGAAACCAGCUGCAGGAGUUCGCUGCCAUGUUGAUGCCUCACCAGAAAGCUACCACAGCAGACGGCUCCAGCAUCCUGGACAGAGCUGUGAUUGAACACAACCUCCUGUCUGCUAGCAAACUCUACAACAACAUCACUUUUGAAGAACUAGGAGCACUUUUAGAAAUCCCUCCAGCCAAGGCUGAGAAAAUAGCUUCCCAGAUGAUCACAGAAGGACGCAUGAACGGAUUCAUCGACCAGAUAGACGGCAUUGUACACUUUGAGACUCGUGAACCUCUUCCUACCUGGGACAAACAGAUCCAGUCUCUGUGUUUCCAAGUCAACAACCUGUUAGAAAAGAUCCGCCAGGCCGCUCCGGAGUGGGCCGCGCAGGCGAUGGAGACCCAGAUGACCCAGUAAACAUCCAGACCCCUCUACAGAAGUAUCCCGCCCCCUCAGCCUGUCCCACUGUGUCGUCUUCCUGGUCAGAAACAUCGCCACUGAUGGAAACGCCCACGACGAGGAAGCUUCUGGUAUCACCAUCACUGGAUCAGUUCAGAGAACACUUUUAGUACUUUUGCCCACAGGGGGAUACUCGUCAAUGUUUCUCGAUAUGUCAGAGCUGUGUCCGGCGUAGCGGCGAACAGAGGAGGGGCGUUGUGUAACAUUUAGGUGUGACUUUAUAAUAUUUACUUGGCAUGUUAUAAAUUUGAUGAUUCAGAUAGCUGACGUGCGGCGAGGUGGAAAGAGAAGUGGACGAAGCGAUCGACUGGGUCCGUGUGAGCCUUGCAGUUCCGGCACAUUCUGGUGUUUAUGAUGACUCAGCAAUAUCUGUUCAAUGGUUCUUCUUGAUUUAUGGCGUCAUGUAAAACCUUCUCGGUCCACAGUUUUGGAAAAAAGAAUUAAAUUCAAAGUUAGAAGAAAGUUUUCUGAA